AUGCAAACAGCAACGGACUUGUGGGCACGGCCUUUGGUUAUUCAUGGACCAUCCAGCGCAAAUUGGGACGUGGAAUUGAAAACCUGGCUGAUUACCGACUGGUAUCAUGCUGAUGCGUUCAAGCUGUAUUACUAUGAAAUCGAGACGCCGCGAGCAGCACCUCCUGAUUCGAUGCUUCUGAAUGGGAAAGGUAUCUACAAUUGUACCCCAGCCAACGACACGCGCUGCACCGGACAUGACCGGCUCUAUGAAGUCAACUUUAACCAGGGCACGAGGUAUAAAAUAGCUAUUGCUCACACGGGGACGCUUAGAACACAGACUUUUUGGAUUGACGGUCAUAACUUUACGGUAAUUGAAAAUGACUUUGUCCCAAUCGAGCCAUACGUCACGAAUGUUAUCACACUUGGAAUUGGUCAACGGUAUGAAAUUAUUGUCGAAGCAAACGCAGAUUUCAAGAACGGAACGAAUUUCUGGAUUCACUCACAAUACUGCAAUGGGCCAACGUUGAUGGACUCAAGGGUUGGGAUAAUCCGGUACGACAUAGGCAAUAUUAGCGACCCGUAUACACCACCACCUCAAUAUCAAGAUUAUGGCUGUGCAGACCCGGAUCCCAACAGCCUCGUCCCAAUUGUGAAGAGAAAAGUUGGGAACAGAGUGAACGGCAUGGACCCUGACGAUUACCUCAAAAUUGGGUUAGAGGCAUGGCCUAAUGCGUCAGAUCCUAAUUCACGAAUCCACAAGUGGGUGCUUAAAGAUGUUCCCAUGUUAGUUGACUGGGAAGAUCCAAGUCUCAAAAGGCUCGCCUUGGAUAAAAACUCCACUUUCUCACUUGAAACCCAGCCCAUAACUCUAGACUUCGACACAGGUGAAUGGGUAUACUUCGUAAUCACGAACAAUUACACCGUCGACGGGGUAGAACCUGCUCGAACUCUGCCGCAGUCUGUCCAUCCAAUCCAUUUGCAUGGACAUGACUUUGUCAUUCUAGCCCAGGGUGAGGGUAUUUUCACGAGCGAUAUCGUGCCAAAUCUUGAUAAUCCUGCCAGAAGGGAUGUCGCAAAUUGUCCUUUGAAUGGGUAUCUGUGGAUUGCUUUUCAGGUCAAUAACCCGGGUGCCUGGCUCAUGCAUUGCCAUAUUGCGUGGCAUGCCAGUGACGGCCUUUCUAUACAGUACAUUGAGCAGCCAAGUAAGAUAAAAGAUCUUUUGGAGAAUGCAGACGUUCUUGGUGAAUUUUCUAAGACGUGCGACGAGUGGACUGAUUGGUACACCAAUGUGAACGAGAAGACUGGUACCUUGCAGGAGGAUUCGGGUAUCUAA